AUGACUUGGCUCAAAGUGCCAAUUUUUCUUUUUCUCACAUCCUGUGCUCUAGGAUCUGAAAGUUAUACACCAAUUCCUGACUCUUUGCGAAUUGGUGUGGGUUCAUCAGCUUAUCAAGUUGAAGGAGGGUGGGAUGCGGACGGUAAAGGUGAAAGCUGGUGGGAUUCUUCCUUGAACGACGGCACAAGCAAAACCGCCGAUGGCAAAAAUGGUAACGUAGCUGGAGAUCAGUACCAUAAAUGGCAAGAAGAUGUACAAAUUAUGAAGGAUAUUGGCGCGCAAUAUUAUAGAAUUUUACCUACAGGAUUCGCUAAUGUUACAAAUCAAGCUGGAAUUGAUUAUUAUUUAAACCUUCUCAAAGAGCUCAAAGCAAAUAACAUCGACGCAGCGGUAACUUUGUAUCAUUGGGAGCUUCCGGAAAAUCUGGAAAAAUAUGGUGGAUGGUUGAACGAAGAAACUGCCGAAUUUUUUGGCGACUACGCUCGAGUGGCUUUUGAACGUUUUGGUGAUUACGUCAAGUAUUGGCUGACUAUCAAUGAACCACAUGUAUUUUGUCUUGGAGGAUAUGGUUCUUAUCAUGGCAUGGGUUUUAUGUGUCCAGCACAGUCCGAUGUAAACGUUACCAAAAUCUACCAGUGUAGCAAAGUAGCACUUCUGGCACACGCCACUGCCUAUCAUAUUUAUGAUACUGAAUUUAGAAAGAAACAAGGAGGUAAAAUUACUUUGGUCACUGAUAGUUCUUGGUAUGAACCCAUCUCCAACAGUACAAAAUAUUUAGAAGCGUGGGACAGACAAAUGCAAUUCCAAUUAGGUUGGUUUGCUCAUCCUGUUUAUAUUGGUAACUGGCCACAAGUGAUGAUUGAUCGUAUUGGCGAAAGAAGCAAAGGAGAAGGUUUUGCUCAAAGCAGACUUCCUGAACUUAGUCAACAGGAAAUUGAUUUUAUUAGAGGGACAUUUUAUUUUUUUGCAUUAAACACAUAUUCAAGUACAUUGAUUGGAUGGGCAGAUGACGCACCGAUUUCAACCCCAAGUUUCGAUUUGGAUUGCUGUGUGUUUAGCUCAUCUGAUCCUUCGUUGACUGUCGCUGAAGUUGGCUAUGUAGUUUCUUGGCCUUUGGGCAUUAGGAAGCUAGGUUAUUUGCAGAACGUUGUGGACGCCGUUACCAUAGAUAAUGUUCCUGUAACCCAUUACACGGUUUGGAGUAUAAUUGAUACUUUCGAGUGGGGCAGCGGAUACACAGUCAAAUUUGGAAUUAUUGCCAGAGUCGAUUUUGAUAGCGAUGAAGAAACGAGGACAUACAAAGAUUCUGCUUAUUGGUUUAAAAACGCUACUACAAACAGAUGCUUGAAUUGUUGA